GGUAGUUUUUAUUUUUUGUUUUUAUUUAAAAUGAUAGCAUUACUAUUUAAAAUAUGCUAUUUAAAAAUAUGUAUACCUUUUUUUAUUUAUAAAUUUUCUGAGCACUUCUCUAGAGCUUUGUAAUUGUGAUUGUCAUUUCCUCUUUUAUUUUUUGUGUGUUAUAUUAGUUAUUUAAAAAAAGAUAGGUCAGCGCUUUCAAGAUUUUUCUACCAUUAAAGGAAAACUUCGACACAAGUUAAAAUGUGUGAUCUGACAUUGCAGUAACAACAGACAAGGAUACUCAGCUGCUGAAACUAACUUAUCAAAUGUAGACAUCUAAAUUUAACGUAACACUAAGACACAGUGGUCACAAGUUGAUCUAGUUUUCACUGAUCACACACAGUGUCUUUAAAUAUGUUAGAUACAUCUUAUGAAAUAAGCAUCUCAGUGAUUGCUUGGCAGCCAAAUGGUUAAGGCUAUGGCUAUGGGCUCAUUUUUGCUGUUGUGGUGAGUAAUGGGCUAAGAUUGUACCUUGCCAGAGUCUACUGAACUAAAAUCUCUUUAAUCAUGCUGUCAACAGCAUUCAAUUUAGUAGCUUUAUAAGCUAUUUUAAUGCCUCCCACUGGUCAAUGACGACUAAUUAAUAAGACCAUUUAAUAGUUUAGCAAUUGACCACACACGCUUCCUUUAUAUAUUCUCAAAAUAAAAGCACCAAUUCAAUUUAUUAGUUUUUAUUAGUCAUUUGCCUCUGACUCUUAAGUACGGCUAAUUAAUAAGACUAUUUUACUGUUCAGCAAUUAUCUGCGCAUACUUUCUCCAACUUUCCUCAAUUUAGAUUUCAACCACUUCUUCUGCAGAUACUGUGUGUACUGUUUCAUACGUUUCCACAACUUUUAACUAUUUUUUCAGCUCUUAAACUCUGUAUAGCUGUUUUGAUACAUUCAGCUAUAUUUGAUUUCAAAAUCAGUCAAAACAUUUUCAGCAUUUCUUCAAUUUUAAUUCAUUUUUUGAAUUUUUCCUCAGUUUGAAAUUAAACUUCUUCAGCUUAUAAUUAUUCAGCUUUAUUUAACAACUCCCAAUUCUCGUUUGACACAUUUAUCUAUGCUUUAAGUGCUUAAUUGCUUUAUUACAGUAGUAUUUUAUUAGAAACGGAAGCAUAAAGAUGGCGGCACGCAUAGACGCAGCGGCUCUGGGCUUUCCUUUUCAGGGGUUUAUAUGGCCUUUUCGUGUUUUAUAUGGCUAUUUUUGUGAGUUAUAACUGGUUUGGACUACAUCUUGCUUGGCGAAUAACAUUUACAGCCGGCAUGAGCUCCUACAUUUAGGACUACGAAGUGAACAAGCGGUUACAGCCGACUUUUUUUGCUCUCGUAACAUCCCGAAGGAUAUCACCAGGACCCCGGGUUCCCUGUGAAUUACCAUCCCCACAGGGGAUGGUAAUCCACAACAAAGGCAGCGUAGGGACAGAAGGCAAAAGUGGGGGUGCCGGGCUGGUGUACUGGUGAAGCUGCGUAAGAGCCAAAACAAGCCACCGCAUAUACCACCCUCAGGCAACAGGCUCUUACCAAAAGAAGGACUAAAACUUGGCCCAAAGGUGCCUCCCACCAGCUGCAGUAUUGCUUUGAGAGAACCAAUUGAGAGCUUUCUGACCACCCAGGCCUGGAGGAGCAGUCCUGUGCAAUGUCAGCCACUGCACAGACAGUUACUGUGGACAAGUGCAUCCGAGUGUAUCCAAACCAAAAACCCUGGAUGACCAGAGACGUUCAAAAAACUGCUGCGGGAGAGGAACACAGCCUUCAGGUCCGGUGACAUGAACUUGUACAGCUCUGCCAGAGCCAACCUGAAGAGAGGCAUCCGACAGGCCAAACUGGAGUACAAAACAGAUAAUUGAUGACAACCUCAGUACAAACAACACACGGUAGGUGUGACAAUGGAUCCAACAUCUAACCAACUACAGACCAAACAUCGCUGCUGUCGAUGGGGAUCUUUGACUAGCAGAGGAGCUUAACCUCUUCUUUGCCCGCUUCGAGGUGAAGCCACCAGAGACAGCUGCAUCACAGGGAUCCGCCAACAAUGGCCCCUCCAUCAGUGUGGAGGAACAUAAGGUGAGGCGCACGCUGAGGUCUGUGAACCUGAGAAGGACUGCCGGACCUGAUGGCAUCACUGGUCGGGUGCUGAAGGACUGCGUGGACCAGCUGACAGGGGUCUUUACCAAGAUCUUCAAUCAGUCCUGACAAAAACAUCAUAAACAACAUUUUAAAACAUCCACAAUCAGCAGCCUUAAGGACUACAGACCUGUUGCCCUGACCCAGAUUAUCAUGAAAUGCUUUGAGAAACUGGUACCGAGUUACAUUACCUCAUGCCUUCCAUCAGCACUGGACAGCAACCAGUUUGCAUACAGGGCGAACAGGUCCACAGAAGAUGCCAUCACCACCAGUCUCCACACUGCUUUAUCCUAUCUGGAGCAGCCGGGAGCUAUGUAAGGCUGCUGUUGGUGGAUUUCAGUUCCGCCUUUAACACCAUCGUUCCUCACAGACUUGUUUCCAAACUAGAUGCCCUCGGACUCUCUGCCUCUACAUGCCUCUGGAUUUUGGACUUCUUAACAGCCCACCCCCAGAGGAUUAGAGUAGGUUCCCACAUGUCGACAGCUCUCACCCAGCUGUGUGUUGAGGCCCCCUGCUCUACACCCUCUACACACAAGACUGCACCUCCACAUUAUUAAGUUUGCUAAUGAUACAACAGUGGUGGGGCUUAUCUUGGGAUAUAAAUGAGUUUGCUUACCGUGACGAGGUGGAGCGGCUAUGUGUCUGGUAUGGAAAUAAUAAUCUGAUCCUCAACACAACAAAGACCAAGGAACUGGUGGUGGACUACAGGAGGAACAAAACAGACAUUCAGCCACUGUUUAUCGGUGUAGAUAGUGUGGAGAGGGUGGCCCGCUUUUAAGUUCCAGGGCGUCACCAUUGAGCAGGACCUGACUUGGACCCCAACACCACUGCUCUGGUGAAGAAGGCCCAGCAGAGACUGUACUUUCUCAGUCUUCUAAAGAUAAACAGAAGCUGAGAAAGAAGGAAAGGUAGAAGGAAACUGCUAGUUUUCUUCUACCGUUGCUCAAUAGAAAGAUAUUUAACAUACUGUGUCUGUGCCUGGUUUGCCAGUUGCACAGCUGCAGCUAGGAAAGCUCUCCUGAGAGUCACCACGAGAGCCCAGAGGAUCAUCGGCUGCCCUCUUCCAUCCAUCGUAGAACUGUACAGUUCCCGCUGCCUAAAAAAGGCUCAGAGCCUUCUGAAGGAUCCAUCAUACCUGGAACAUACCCUGUUUGAACUGGUGCCUUGAGGCAGAAGAUACAGGGCAAUUAAAACAAGGACAAGCAGAUUAAAAAACAGCUUUUAUCCAAGAGCCAUUGUGGCCUUAAACGCUGCUAAAAAAGGGAAGCAUGUAAUAGCUGGAGUAGGUGUAACCUACUGGUGUUUUAUAUUGUCUUAUUUAGCGGUUUUAGUUUUUAUCUAUUAUGACCAUUUUAUUCCACUGUAAUUUCGUUGUACAAUGUACAAUGACAAUAAUAAUAAUAAUUAUAUCCUUCCACAUGUUUAUCUGUACUCAACUACUCCUGCAUACUUUCAGCUACAGAAACCAUUCAACUAUCAACAUAUGCAGCUUUUUAAAAAGUGGGCUUCUAUUUUUCUAAUUGAUAUCUUUUAUACUGCAAUAUUGAGCUUUUUUGAAUUUUUUUUUCAAAUACUCUUUAGCUUUGUCUUCUUUCAGCUUCAACUACUUCAACAUUCUAUAAGCUACAAACACCAAUUAAACUACAAACCAAUCUUUAAACAUUCAACUAUUAUUCUCCCUUUGAGCUUUUUAAUAUCUUUUAUGGUUUCUGAUUCAUAGCAGUUUCAGUAUAGGGUGGUUUUUGCUAAAUUCCAUUUCUUUUCCAUUAAUGUGUAUUGCGUGAGCUAGAGUGUGUGAUAUCACAGCUAGAAAUGGGGUGGCCUCAUUAACAUUUUUAACACUUUCCUCAGACAGACCAAGGGGGGUGACUGACCAUCAGCUCAUGAGUGUUUGGUGAGUGUGUGAUCAGCGCCGAAAAGGGCAUUGACAGUCGACUGAAAUCAGCAAAAACGACGGUGCACGUUUUUGUAAGCCAGAGAUUCUGUCUUUAACUCCUCAUGACAGCCACAGUUUUUAAUCUAUGGACAUAACUAUUUCACUCGUUUGUAGUCAUACUUGUCUUCUUUCUAAUGAUGUGCCUGGUUAAGCACUCAGAACUAUACUUAUUCUGUAGCUAGUUUUCCAAUUGAAAUCAAUGGAAAACCGUUUUCAAAUAUAUACUUUUAGCUUUAACUACUUCAGCAUAUUUUAAGCUACAGAAACCAUUUGAACUACAAAACAAUCUAUCCUAAUCUUAUACUAUUCAACUAUUAAUCUUCCGUUCAGUUUUUAAAUACUUUUAAUAAUUUUUAAUGUAUGGCAGUUUAAAUAUUGUGUGGUUUUUGGUAGAUUUUCAGUUUUAUUGUGUUAGCUACAGUAGAGUGCGUGAUGUCAUAGCUUUGCUCUUUAACUUGUCACACCAGCCAGUUUUCACUCUAUCAAUAUAAUUCUUUCACACGUUUGUAGUCAUACUUGUCUUCUUUCUAAUGGUGUGUCUGGUUAAGCCUUCAGACCUAUACUUUCGUCCGUAGCUGCUUCAAAGUGCAGAGAGUUCUGCAGUUCCUCUCAUAGGCUUGAAUACAUUUGUCUGUGAGACUUUUUCAGAGAAACACAGAAGUGCGACAUUUUGAAAUUGAGACUGUGGCCACAAUUUUUAGUCUCCAAACAUAAAACUGAUACCAGUUGCUCAUUUAAGCCUUGGCAUUCAUAAUGUACAAUCAUUUUUUGAUAGCUAUUAUGGUUUUGCUAUAAUAAGCCUGUUUAGCAGGGGUGCAAAUCUGCUUUCCCAGAGCAGAGUGACCCUAAUUUUCCUGCCUUUCAUCUCUAUGGCAACAGUGCAGCUGCAGCUUUGACUGACAGGUCAAACUCCUGUUGCUCAGGGUAGCAACUCUAUGCAUAUUACUAAUUAGUUCAUUACUGUUUGUUUGAUAAUUAAUCACACACCUCUUCUGAAUCCUUUCAAAAUAAAAUCACCAUUCAUUUUUUUUAGCUUUAAUAGCACUAUUUUUUUAUUUUUUGAAUGGGUAAUCUGAAGUCAAUAAGGCUAGUUUACAGUUCAGCUAUUAAGCACACACCCCUCCUCCGAAUCCUUAAAUAAUAAAAGCCAUUCCAAAUCUUUAGAUAAACAUGGCAAUAUUUCUGCAUUCAACUGGUUUAUUAUGAGUAGUUAAUGAGACUAUGUUACAAUUUAGGAAUUGCAUACAAAUGCUCCCUCGAUAUUCUUUCAAAAUAAGAGCUCCAUUCCAGAUCCUUAGCUACAAAUAGCAAUAUUUUGGUUUAAACUGGUUUAUUAUGAGUAGAUACAAUAUUACAAUAUAUAUUACACUAUUAAAAUGUCCAUAUUUUAUGAUUAAUAAACUUUAAUGAAAUGUUCCAUACUGAAUACCUGUGUCUGCAGGUAUUUGGAAAUCUUCUUGAGGACAACACAAAAAGGAAAAUGUGUGUUGGUUUCACCCUACUGCUCCUCUUGCCUCUUGUGUGUGGGCAAGUGGUGAACCUAAGAACUAAUAUGUUCACACAUUACAGUAACAUGGUGACAUGGAGGUAUGCUCAGGCCUACUGCAGAGAAUAUCACACUGACCUGGUGACCAUUGUAAGUGAAGCAGAUAAUCAGAAGGUUUUGAUUACCCAAGGCUGGAUAGGAUUGUACCGUGAAGAUUCAAAUUCUACAUGGAAAUGGUCAAGAGGAACUCAAAUAGCCAAUUUCUUCAGUUGGAACACUGCAGAGCCAGCUGCAAAUAAUAACUGUGCUUUUAAAUUCAACAAUACGUUGAAAUGGCAAACAGAUGGAUGUAACGUCCCCCACACUUUCAACUGUUAUGAUGAGACACUACUAGUGACAGUUAACAAGACAUGGGAGGAGGCUUUACACUACUGCAGGGCUCUGGAGGUGGUGAAUCCCAGUAACCCAGCCACUGAUGAUAACAAUUUCUUUGACCUGGCCACUGUGAUCACUCAGCAUGACUACACUAAUACCAGACAGAAGAUAUUAGACGCCACCACUGAUGAGGUGUGGAUGGGCCUGCGUUACCUGGCUGGUCAGUGGCUAUGGGCUGGUGGAGAAAACGCUCAGUUCAAGAGUAUUCAAAACUGCUCAGGUGAAGAAUUUUGUGGCACCCUGGUGAAGAAUGGUACCACGCCAUAUGAGACAAGGAAUUGCCAGCUGAAAAUGAACUUUGUCUGUUACAGGAAGCCUUUAUCUGGUGGAAACUAAGUAAAUUUAGUACAUGUGCUGUAUUUAAAUAGAUUAAUUAAAAAUUGUAUUUGUAUUAAAUUUCACGUUUUUAGCAUGAAUAAUUGGACUGGGGGAGAGUCAGGAAGCAAUCAACAGUUGCAAUUGUAUACAUUAAAGGAAACUUUACAGAUUUUCAAUGGGGGUUGACCAAAACCAUCUAGGGUAAUAUUUAAGAAUCAAGGGACACUGAGAUUGCUCCAUAAUUUGUUAUGCAGAGAAGUUAUCAUUUAUUCCUCUGGUAUCCGGUUAUCCAUAUGGAGGAGUACGAAGUUUCUCACAGCAGACAGCAGGCGUCUAGCAGAGCCAAAGGCCGGCAGAACUUUAGCUGCAGCAUUUUGAAUUAGCUGUACGCUUUUUAAGGGAUGAAUAAGGAGUUACAGUAGUCCAGUCUAGAGGUAACAAAUGCAUGGAUUAGUUUCUCUGCAGUGAUCUGAAAGAGGGUGCUCCUUAUUUUAGCUAUAUUUCUAAGAUGAAAGUAGGUGGUGGAGAUUUAUUUUGUUUUAUUUUAUUGUGUGAUGUAUAAGAGAGAUCGUGGUCAAAGAUUACACAUUACAAGAUUUAACUUAUGUUAUCUGAUUCAAUAAUGUCUCUUUGUCUCUGAUUUUUAGGUCCAAUGAUAAGAACCUUGGUUUUAUUCGAAUUUAGUUGAAGGAAGUUUUGGGACAUCCAGGAGUUGAUGUUUUUUAAACAACUUUGAAUUUUUAAUAGUUGAUCUGUUUAAUUUGGUUUCAAAGAUAUAAUAGCAGAGUAGAGUAUCAUCUGUAUAACAAUGAAAUUUUAUGGAAUACUUCCUAAUAAUACCACCUAGAGGAAACAUGUAUAGACUGAACAUUACUGGACCAAGCACAGAACCCUGUGGUACUCCAAAGAUGAUCCCUGAGCAUAUGGAGGAUUUGUCAUUAGCAUGAACAAACUGAAAUCUGUUCAACGAAUAGGAUUUAAACCAUCUCAGUGUUGUUCAUUUGAUUCCAAUGCUAUGUUCCAGUCUCUGUAAUAGAAUGCUGUGAUCAAUUUUAUCAAAUGCAGCAAUAAAUAUAUGUAUAUGAAAUAAUAUGUUUUCUAGCGGCACAA